AUGUGGAGCCCCUCUGUAAAGAAGCAAAAGUUAUCACACCCCGACGAUAUUCAGGUGACCAGCCGUAGUGUACAAGAAGUGGCCGUAUACACGGAGAGCACUAGCCUGUUCAUCAUGCUUCCCUUGGCCGCUUUUUUGACGGUUUUGGUGCUUGGGGCAUUUGCAAGGAAACCUUCAGUUCUGCAAAGGCAGCUACUUCCCGAUCCUUCAAACCAAAGCCCAUCGGAAACGAAUGGUUUCAACGUUUCGCAAUGCCCUGGUUAUAAUCUCCAUCAACUAAAGGAAAGUGACUUUGGAUUCACAGCCCAACUUUCCCUCGCUGAUCCGGCAUGCAACGCAUUUGGACGUGACGUUGUCAACCUGACAAUCCAAGUCACCCAUGAGUCGAGAACUAGGCUUCAUGUGAACAUCUUCGACACCGAUGGUUUGCAGUAUGUAGUUCCUGAGACGGUUGUCUCUCGCCCACGUGGCCAUUCUCCACCAGACUCUUCCGACUUGGUUUUUAACUAUGAUGCCUCUCCUUUCGCGUUCUGGAUUACGCGACGAUCCCAACCUGGAGCCACACCUCUAUUCGAUACCAGGAUCUCCUCGCUUCCAAAGGCUCCAAUAGCCCCCGUUAUCCCUGCUGAUAACAGCACAGCCCUAGACGGGUUUCCCCUCGUGUUCGAAGACCAAUAUCUUCAACUGACAUCAGCGUUGCCACUUGAUGCUAAUAUCUAUGGCCUGGGUGAGGUGGUAGCCCGCAGUGGUUUUAGGAGAGAUGUGGGUGGGCAUAGUGGCCCCGGCACCGUCCAAACGAUGUGGGCAAGAGACAUUGCGGAUCCUAUUGACGAAAACAUCUACGGAUCGCAUCCAGUGUACCUGGAACACCGGUUCAAUGCCACGACAAAGAAGUCCAACUCGCACGGUGUAUUCCUUCUAAGUGCCGCAGGAGCAGAUAUCCUUCUAUUGACGCCUCCAGGCUCUGCCGUGUCUUUAGUAGAGUAUAGGAUGAUCGGAGGAGUGCUUGACUUCUACUUCUUCUCCGGUCCAACACCUCAGGAUGUCAUUGAACAAUACGGAGUAUUAGUCGGGUUGCCCACUUGGCAGCCCAUUUGGGGAUUUGGAUUCCAUUUGUGCAGAUGGGGCUAUCGAAAUAUUGAUGAAACACGUCAACAAGUUUUAGCUAUGAAAGCCGCCAACAUUCCGCUAGAAGUCAUGUGGAACGACAUUGAUCUCUAUCAUGCCGUUAGAGACUUUACAGCUGAUCCCGUCUCGUUCCCCGCAGACGAUGUCAGAGCUUUUAUUCUUGAAUUGGCGGCUAAUCAUCAAAAAUAUAUUCCAAUUGUUGAUGCUGCUAUACCGAAACAGGUCAAUGAGACUGAUCUCGUGAGUUUUCAUCCGAGACGGAUGUAUCUGCUUAUUAACCCCGAAAAACAGAAAGUCUUCAUCACUAAUCCUGAUGGGUCAGAAUACGUUGGCCAGGUCUGGCCUGGCUACACUGUCUUUCCGGAUUGGUUCGCAAACAAUACAGAGAAGUGGUGGACAGAUGCUCUUCGGAAUUGGACUGCUUUAGGGGUGCAGUUUGCCGGGAUAUGGUUGGAUAUGAACGAGGCAAGCUCUUUCUGCGAUGGCUCAUGUGGCAGUAACACCAAUAUCAGCAACACAUCUGUGCCUUUCCUCCUUCCUGGGCAGCCUGGCAAUCUAAUCGUAGAUUACCCAGAGUGUUACAAUUCAUCCCUCUUUGGACCGAGUGGUAACAUGACUGUCGAUGGUCGAUCAACGUGCACCCCAGCUGUUGAACUCGAACGGCGUAGCUUUGAUGCUGGCCCCGAAAGCGGAAUCAACGUCAACACGCCGCCAUACACUAUCCACAAUGGGUUCGGGCGCCUCUCUGAACAUGCACUAGCGACUAAUGCCACACAUGCCGAUGGCUCGGGCGAGAUAGACGUGCACAACCUGUGGGGUCUGAUGGAAGAAAUCGCUACUCACCGUGCCCUGUUGGAGCUCCACCCAGAUCAACGUCCUUUCAUCAUCUCUCGCUCCACAUUCGCUUCUGCUGGCAAGUGGACUGGGCAUUGGCUAGGCGACAACUUCAGUAAGUGGCAAUACAUGCAUUUCAGCAUUCAAGGUGUAUUGCAAUUCCAAUUGUUUCAAAUACCUUUCGUCGGGGCAGACACUUGUGGAUUCAACGGGAACUCGGACGAGGAACUCUGUAACCGUUGGAUGCAACUGGCCGCUUUCACCCCUUUCUAUCGAAACCAUAAUAUCCUGGGCGCCAUACCCCAGGAACCAUAUAGAUGGGAUAGCGUAGCCAAUGCUUCUCGCACAGCCAUCGCCGCUCGAUAUUCGCUUCUGCCUUACUGGUAUUCUCUGUUUGCCAAUUCUUCAAUGGCUGGAACGCCUCCUGUCCGCGCCCUUUUCUUCGAGUUCCCUGAUGAGCCAAAGUUGUUCGGCUUGGACCGACAAUUCUUGGUAGGAAGAGACAUCCUGGUCACCCCUGUUCUCACCCCUAAUUCUACAACUGUCGAGGCUAUACUCCCCGGUCAAGGCUCUGUCAUUUGGCGCGACUGGUGGACGCACGAAGUGGUGGACGGCACAGAUUCUGGCGACGUGACUCUUCCAGCGCCUCUUGGCCAUAUCAAUGUCCAUGUCCGGGAUGGAUCCGCCAUCCUUCUUCAUGCUCAGCCCGGUUACACAAUCGAAGAAACCCGACAGGGCCCUUACUCUCUUCUUGUCUCACUCACCCGGAACGGUGACGCAAUCGGACAUGCUUACGUUGAUGACGGGGUCAGUAUUCCACCGACAAGCAACAGGAUCCUUAACUUUAUGGCAAGCCGUGCCAGCCUGGCCAUUAGCAGCAGAGGGAGGUUUGACAUCAAGCAGCGGAUGCACGAGAUUACAAUCUUGGGAGUUCACACAAAACCUCAGCGUGUGACUGUACAAGGCCGAGACACGACUUGGCACUACGUACCGACGACGGAGAAGCUGGUCAUCAAUCAGAUUGACCUUGACUUGAACCAGGAAGCGCGGAUUUUGUGGGGGUGA